GCCUUUUAUUUCAGUCUUUGCGAUUGUCCAUUCCCGUGCGGAAGUGAAGUAAAGAGAGUCUGGUGCGAAUUUCCCAAUCGCGCGCGUGUUGUGUUUCUUCUUCUCUUCAUCAACGGGAGUGUCCGGCGAGUGGAAAAAUUGAAAUUUUACCUUUUCCCGCAACGGAAGCACGCCCGUGGCGGAAAAACCACAGUAGUCGGAUCUGGUUUCUGGCGAUUGUCGAAUUCCCGCUGAAGUGCGGUGUGUGAAUGCGCUUGUUUACCGCGUGCUGUGCAAAUUUUGGCCAACUUUGAUCAUCAGCGGGAGUUGCUGGUUGCUGAUACAGCAAAGUGGUUCCUGAAAUCGAUUCAACAUGGAUAAUGCUAAAAUUUGCGAACUGCUGCGGGCUACGAUCGAGCCUAGCCAACGGCUGCAAGCGGAAGAACAGCUGAAUCAGGUCCACAAAAUUAUCGGCUUCCUGCCAAACUUGCUGCAGGUUAUCAUGCAAAACGAUGUGGAUAGUCCGGUCCGGCAGGCGGGAGCCAUCUAUUUGAAAAAUUUGAUCACCAGCAGUUGGCAGGAGCGUGAAGCGGAACCCGGCAAUCCGUUGCCCUUCUCGAUCCACGAACAGGACCGAGCAAUGAUUCGGGACACUAUCGUGGAAGCCAUCGUCCAUGCACCGGACAUUAUUCGGGUGCAGCUGUGCGUGUGCAUCAACAACAUUAUCAAGAACGAUUUUCCCGGCCGGUGGACUCAGGUGGUGGACAAAAUUAGCAUCUAUCUGCAAAAUCGAGACGCCAAUGGAUGGAACGGUGCCCUCAUGUGUAUGUACCAGUUGGUGAAAAAUUAUGAAUACAAAAAAUCCACCGAGAGAGCUCCGUUGAACGAGGCGAUGAAUCUGCUUCUGCCACAGAUGUACAACUUGAUGAUGAACCUUAUCAACGAUCCGUCCGAGCAGAGCGUCCUGAUGCAGAAACAGAUUCUGAAAAUCUACUACGCCCUCACACAGUACGCACUACCACUGAAAGUCAUCGACAAGGAUAUUUUCUCCAACUGGAUGGAGAUUUGUCGGCAGAUUUUGGACCGACCUGCUCCGGAUUCAACGCACAUCGACGAAGACGAACGGCCCGAGCUGCCCUGGUGGAAGGCUAAAAAGUGGGCAUCCCAUAUCGUUCUGCGGAUGUUUGAACGUUACGGUAGCCCGGGUAACGUGGUGUCGAAGGAGUACAAUGAAUUCGCCGAUUGGUAUUUGCAGACGUUUACCAGUGGGUUAUUGAAUGUGCUGCUUAAAGUUCUGGACCAGUAUAGGAACAAAAUCUACGUGUCGCCACGUGUGAUGACCGACACGCUGAACUACAUCAAACACGCCGUUUCGCAUGCCCAUUCGUGGAAAAUGCUGAAGCCACACUUCAUCGCCAUCAUCCAGGAUGUCAUCUUUCCGCUCAUGUGCUACUCGGAAGCGGACGAAGAGCUCUGGGAGGCGGACCCGAUCGAAUACAUCCGGCAAAAGUUUGACGUAUUUGACGACUACACAACCCCGGUUCCGGCUGCCGAAACCCUGUUGCACAAUUGCUGUAAAACUCGGAAGGGUGUUCUACCCCAAGUUAUGCAACUGAUCAUGCAGAUAAUCAACGCUCCCAACUUGAAUGCCAAGCAGAAAGACGGUGCCCUGCACAUGGUCGGAUCGCUUGCUGAUGUCUUACUGAAGAAAAAGGUUUUCAAAGAUCAGGUGGAAAAUCUGAUCAUGCAGUACGUAUUCCCGGAGUUCAGCAGUCCUCAUGGUCACCUGAGAGCCCGAGCAUGUUGGGUGCUACACUAUUUCAGUGAAAUCAAAUUGAAGAACCAACAAGUGCUGGCGGAAAUUAUGCGACUCACUUCGAAUGCCCUGCUCAUGGACAAGGAACUUCCCGUUAAAGUGGAAGCCGCCGUUGCCUUACAGAUGUACCUCAUCUCACAGGAGAGUGCUCCCAAAUGUCUGGAGAGUCGCAUCAAAGAAAUCACGAUGGAGCUACUGAAGAUCAUUCGGGAAACUGAAAACGAAGAUCUGACCAAUGUACUGCAAAAGAUUGUCUGCACAUACUCCGAUCAGUUGCUCCCGAUUGCGGUCGAUAUCUGUCAGCAUUUAGCCACCACCUUCAGCCAAGUGCUGGAGGCGGACGAGAAUUCCGAUGAACGAGCCAUCACUGCUAUGGGACUGUUGAAUACGAUGGAAACGCUGCUCAGCGUUAUGGAAGAACAUCCUCAGGUGAUGCUUUCGCUGCAUCCGAUCGUUCUCCAGGUCGUGGGUCACGUCCUUCAGCACAACGUCAGCGAGUUUUACGAAGAAGCUUUCUCCCUGGUGUACGAUCUUACCUCCAAAUCGAUAUCACCGGACAUGUGGAAAUUGUUGGAAAUUAUCUACCAGCUUUUCCAAAAAGACGGAAUUGAUUACUUCGUGGACAUGAUGCCAGCACUACACAAUUACAUAACUGUCGAUACUCCAGCAUUUCUUUCGAAUCAGAAUCACGUGCUAGCCAUGUUCAACAUGUGUAAAACGGUCAUGGGUGGAAGCGCAACGGAAGAAUCAGAAUGCAGUGCGGCCAAACUGCUGGAGGUCAUCAUUCUGCAGUGUAAAGGACAGAUCGACGAAUGUAUACCAAGCUUCGUGGAAUUGGCUUUGACUCGGUUAACGCGAGAGGUGAAAACAUCCGAACUGCGGACAAUGUGCCUACAGGUCGUGAUAGCCGCGCUGUACUACAACCCUCAAUUGUUGUUGCAAAUCCUCGAAAAGAUUCCGCUUCCAGUAAGCAACGAAUCGAUAGCGUCACACUUUAUCAAACAAUGGAUUCACGAUUCGGAUUGCUUCCUUGGAAUCCACGAUCGGAAGCUGUGCGUUAUUGGACUUUGCACGCUGAUGUCGCUGGGCGAGAACAAGCCGGCGGUGCUGAGCGAACUGAGCGACAAAAUCAUUCCCACGUUGAUACUGAUCUUCGAAGGGCUGAAGCGGGCGUACGCCACCCGGGCCGCCGAGGGUGAGGAGGAGGAAAGCGAGGACGAGGAUGACGAUCUGGAGGAGGGAAUUUCCAGCGACGAGGACGAGGUGGACGAGAUGGGGCCGUCCUACUUUGAGCGCAUCGCCAAAAUGGCCCAGGAUAAGGCUGCCGAGCAUGGUUUGGAACUGACCGCCACGAUUAAGGAUGGUGAUUCGGAUGAGGACGACGACGACGAUGAUGAUGACGAUGGGGAUGAUGAUCUGGACGAAACGGCGCUCGAAGGAUUCACCACUCCACUGGAUGAGGAGGAUAACCCACAGUACGUUGAUGAAUACUUUGCCUUCCAGGAAGUUAUGACCGCGCUUCCAACCGCCGAUCCGAACUGGUAUAACAUGCUUACCAGAAAUUUGCAACCGCACGAGGCUGUCCAGUUGCAGGAAAUUUUAGUAACUGCUGAACAGAAGAAAGCAGCGAAACGUUCCAAGGAGAUUGAAAACAGCGGAGCAACGAUAUCACAUUCACUGGAGAGUAGGAAAAGGCAUGCCAACCAGUUGGAACAGGAUCGGUUCUGCGAGGCCGAAACCAAUCGCUACAAGAAGCUCAAAUGCUGACGAGAGGUUAUCAAUUCACGCAGCACACGAUUCCAAGUUCAUUCAACUUCAGUGGACAACAGUAAGCGAAAACGGAACACCAUCCGGAGCAUUGAACCGAUUGCGCUUCUCCGCGAAUCCAAACUGGAAUCAAACAACAGUGAACGGCAACGAAAACCAUAUUUUAAUGACGAAUGGCAACUCUUGGAUAAGUUUAUUGUAAAUGAAGGAAGCGGAAUUGUAUAAAAAAGGGAUGAGUUCAACCGAAAACCACACAUAUAGGCAAGAUUCGAAAACAAAAAUUAAUUAGGGAGGUAAAAGAGUGCUCUAGAUAUAUGAUAUAUUUUUUCUAAAGUCAUCACCAUACAAUUGAGCGCGAUUGGAUGCAGAAAUUGCAACAACUCUAUACAACCCCAACCAUCUGUAGAAGGAUAAAAAACAUUGCGCGGAAAAAUGCCUAGGCCUUGUUUGUUGAUGAAGCAACUGUGAGUGAAACUCGUGCGUGACAACACAUCAUCCAAACAGAGCAAACACAAAGUUAUUGAGUUAUCCUGUGUAAACUUAAAGUGCUUAUGUUAUGCAAGACAAUGUUAAAUUUUUACCAAAAAUCAGCCAACCCAGUUAUUGGAAACAAAAAAAAAAGUCGCUUAGGAAGCUAAAAUUUACAAUCCAUGUUUUGUUUUUGUUCGCAUUGAAAAAUCCUUUGUCAUUGUUUGAAGAGAAAAAAAGUGUGUCGCAUUAAAAUUACUAAAGAUCGAAUCAAACAGAAAGUUACACAUCUAAUAAUACACACACGCAAAUUCAGGGAAAAUGGCUUUCAAAGCGGGCCAUCAAUUUGUAAUUAGAACUGAAAACUAUUAACAAGAAAAAACUGUGUAUUCACGUCAAGAUUGUAUGAAAUAGGUUUCUAUAUUUAAAAAAGUAACAAAGCAUGAAUCAUACCGACAUACAACACACAAACACACACGCAACUCGCAUCAAAUAGACUCAUUUUGAUUAAGGUGUUAUUCUAGGUUUUUUGAUCGAAUGCAUUAUAAAAUAACGGAAAAACAACAACUGUAGGAAACCCAACAUUCUCAUCCAAUCUCAUCGUAAAACUCUGAACCGAAUGCAGAACUAAAGCCGAGUACCAAUAAUAGAAGUACAGAGCCGGGAACUUUUAAACUUCUCAGUUUUUUUUUUUGCUUGUUUAAAAGGAACCAUCCGUAUAAGCCAGCUGUCUUCGUGGAGAAAAGUUGGCUUCAUUCUGAUUCAGACCAUACAAUGAAGAUACAAAAAAAACAGUGAACAUUGUUCUACAAUACAAACAAAAAUUUACAACUAUCUAUUUAACGUUUCUUUUUUCUUCGAGGAAGAAACAGAAAAUAAAUCAGUAAAACGAAA